CUGUAGGUAUAACGAAGUAGAAAUCUUUCCAGAGAAGCCCAUGUACAAAUAAGCUAUCUGCAUGGCUAAGAGUUGAGCAGCAAGCUCUAAGAGCCGAAGAGGCAUCAUUGUUAUUACUGAUCUUUUACUCUUACUGGAAAUUCUGACCAGGUUUUUGUUUUUAAUCUGAGAGAAGAAAAUACGGGAUUUUUUUAACACUAUGAACAGCAAAAGAAAAUUGAUUCAUCUAACCUAUCCACUACAGAAUGGUAAUAUAAAACCGGAUUGUUCUAUACUACAAAAGUGAUGGAACUGAAAUAUUAAUUCAUUGUAAACUGAGCAACAAGUCUAAAUUGUUAUCUUGGGUACUCAGAGAAUACCUAUUCAAUAUCAAUCAAUAAUCAAAAAUCCAUAUCAAUGGCUUGUGUUUACUGUUAUGUUAACAAAUUAAUAAAAUAAUUUAGUUUACCUUUUCUUUGUUGCUUUCUUAGAGAUACAAAAUUGUUUACUUUCAGCAUUUUCUCUGCUUUCUUGGAACUUCAUAGUAUAUUCUAUAAUAUCUAUUGAGUUAUCUCACAAUAUUAUAAUUAAGGUUCCUCUGCCUGCAUGUACUUCAUUUAAGGUGUCAUUUUGACCCAUUUGAACAAAGAAGGGGUUUUGUUUUUUUUCCCCUACAUAUUUUGCAUAGUAUUAGUUAAAGACACACAGAUAAGAGCAUGCUACAAUGCAUGUAAAUCUUGAAAAAAAAAAUCAAAAUAUAGAGUAUUUGUUUCAGGAUUGCAGCAGAAAUUUCAGUCUGCCUUUUUACAGGGUUUGUUACAUUUCUUAUAGUAAGGAGAAUUUCAGGGGAUUCUGCAGGCCAGUCUUGGUGCUUUCUUGGUGGUCAAAUCUGUUUUGUUGGUACUGUCCCAAGGAUCCCCUGCCUUGACCUAGCACAUGAGGGAGGAAUGGCUCUGGUUUGUGGUCUGUGUCAGAAUGAAUAAACAUACUUUUUGCUUAUAUAAUAAAGAUUUUUGAAGGUGCAGAAGUGCUGAAGAAAGAUCCUUUGCUAAUCUGUCUUGCAGGGAUUUUCUGUAUCUUGUCAAGAUAAAUAAUGUUCAGACAUUCCUCUGAUGCGAUCAUGAGUUGUCCAGCAGUGCCAGCACUCAGAAUGGUCUUCUGGUGGGGUCAGAGGACGCUGAUCUAUCAGUAUGCAGGCCUUGGGAGUACCCUAGCUUGCAACAUCUUUUCUGACAAGAUCAAAGCAUUCUCCUGCAAGGUAGUUGUCCUGUGAGUAGCCAGGUUUCUGAAAUCUCCACCACACUAAGUUUUGAUAAGAAAUUCCACAAGAACUUUGGUUGUCACAGGCAGUCAAGCCUUUGGUUUUAUGUUGCCAUGCCCUAAAACAUGAGUUUCUGCUCAUCCUAAAAACUGAAGUAUCUAAAACCAGCAUCCCUGUGAACAAAAGUGUCUGCCUCUAUAUGCUUGUGGACAUGUUGCAGAAACUUUUUUGUAACCACUUUACCCAGGUCAAGCCGCUCUUGCAUAUCAGUCUGGUGUCAUGAUGUGCAGCCCUCCCAUUAGACUGAGGCCUGCCUUCUGCUUAUUUUUAAAAUGGUGCAUAACAUUGCCCUUUCUCCUUGCCAUGGUUGUAGAAAAUUCCACAGUCAACUUCUCAAAGGAGCUGUAUAUUCUCAGGGAUUCUGUAGUGUAUUUCAUAGAAGUACAAGCUUCCUUAACACUGGACCAGGUGAUUGGGGAGGUACUGAGAAAAGAGUUCUUGUUGGUGAGAAUGGAGUAUAAAACACUGGUGUAAAUCAACAAACUAAAAACCUAGCAGCAUUUUUUUUAUACAGGUGGCUGGACCAACCUGAAUUUACCUGAGUUUGCGUUUCAGCCCAUGUAAGCAGGCAACAACCUGUGCAGCUCAACCACCUUAACCUAUCAUCUCUGAGGUUUUAGACAGCUUUCAGUGCAAAUGCAGCUGAUCUGGCUUCAUUUGCCUGAGAAGAAUGAAGCUGUGUUUCAGUUUCCUCUCUGCUGACAUGUCAAGAGGACUAUAAAUGCAUGUGGUAAUCUAAUUUUAAUGAUGCUUUUUGUGAUACAAAUACCCAGCUGCUUGGAGUGGAACUGAAGUUGCCCAGGUAUUUCACUCUGACAAGUGAUCUGUUGGAUGUCAUAUCUCUGAGUUGGAGCCGUCUUAGUUGGUUAACCAAUAACCUAAACAUGAAAGCCUGUACAUCUGACUACUGAAACCCUGAGUCAUUCUGUCCUUUAAUUAAAGCAUGUUCCUUUAAUAUGUUCCUCUUGCUUAAAAUUAUGUGAGAAUUAUUUCCUAGAGGAAAAUGCCUCAUGAAUGCACCUUCCUUCAGCAUUUUCUAUAAAUCAGCUAAAAAAGGGGGAAAGCUUGAAAUAUCUAGGGUAUGUCAGGCAGUUGCAGGGGAUGCAUAUGUCAACCUCAAGCAUGAUUUAUCUUACAUGCCUUUUCUGACAGUUGUAAUUUAACGGCUGUAUUUUCCUCCAGCCUCUCAGGAGGCUAAACAUCUUUUCAAGUUUCUAGCUUUGUGGUGGAAGAGUAAAUGUCUGUUUGCCAGUGUAAUUCAUCUGAGUCAUUCUGGGAGAGGCGUGGAGCAAUUGAAGCAUGACAAUUAGCAUAAAUAAGAGUGAGGGACUCUUCCUGAGGGUAGAGUUACUCUUUCCAUCUUCCAGAGGAAAGCUGCUCCCCUGUAACAACAGCUACUGCUAAUUGGGUGGUGUGAUGCUAGGAACUAAAAGACCUUAUAUAUUGAGCUCUGGUCUAUUGUAACAUUCUUUUGCAUUUCAAUUUGAAAUGCAGUUAAAGAGAACAGAGCAAGGAAGGAAGGAGAAAAGUUUCUGCAGUAAGUGCAACAGUAGGUUACCACCAGAGUUAGCAUUUCAUGUACACUGAGGUUUUUUUAUUUUAUAAGUUUGAAGAGAGAAGUGUUUAUGAAGCCUAAAUUCACUUUUUAGUCUCUGUGUGAAAGCACUGUUACCACUGUUAGUUGUCAUUACCAGUUUUGUUUUUUUAAAAUUAGUUUAAAACUUCUCUUGAUAUUUUCAAACAUGUAGGUAUCUUACAGCAACCUCUGAAGGUUAAAAGAUGUGCUUUGGGCGUGGGAACACCAACAGCUCAUGGUGAUGUUUGGCCGCAGCAUGAAGCCAGUGCCCUAUGGGCCAGCACUGGCUCCUGCCGCCCCUGUGCUGCCCGCACAGCCUUGCCCCAUGGGCUGGCGCAUGCUCUGCAGGAGCCGCUGGGCAGCUCCCCACGCCACAAGUGUGGGUGACACCCUGCACGAUUUGCUCCCGCAGCCACUGGGCCUGCCAGGACGAAAACACACCGCUGCACGGCCUCAUCUUGGUCAAGUGGGAAGAAGGAAGAGUAUUUCAGGGCUGCGGUUUCUGAGGCGGUGCAGCAGUGCUGGGAGGCUGCGUGGCCAAGGAGCUGCAGAGCUGCCACUUGGUUUGGGCUCAGCGUCACUGUCCGGCGGCCGCUGGGGAAGGGGCGCCCAGCCAGGCACCAUGAGCUCCAGCACCACUGCCCCACUGAAGGUCGUCAGCAACCUUGCCAACACUGAUGUCAACUAUGUCAUCAAAGAGCAUUAUAAUUACACGGGAAAGCUAAAUGAGAAUGCGGACAGUGGAAUAAAAGUGACGUCGGUGGUUUUUAUCAUCAUUUGCUGCUUUAUAAUCUUAGAGAACAUUUUUGUCUUGCUCACCAUCUGGAAAACCAAGAAGUUUCACAGACCAAUGUACUAUUUCAUUGGGAACUUGGCUCUUUCAGACUUGCUGGCUGGUGUGGCUUACACUGCCAACCUCCUGCUAUCUGGACACAAAACCUAUAGCCUCACCCCCUCCCAGUGGUUUGUAAGAGAAGGCAGCAUGUUUGUUGCCUUAUCAGCUUCUGUGUUCAGCUUGUUGGCCAUUGCCAUUGAGAGAUACAUCACUAUGUUGAAGAUGAAACUCCACAAUGGCAGCAACAGCUUCCGCUCCUUCUUGCUGAUCAGUGCUUGCUGGGUUAUCUCUGUGAUACUUGGGGGACUCCCAAUCAUGGGUUGGAACUGCAUCAGCCUCUUGACCAGCUGCUCCACUGUGCUGCCUCUCUACCACAAGCACUAUAUUCUCUUUUGCACCACUGUUUUCACAGGCCUUUUGCUAUCUAUUGUUGUCCUGUAUUGCAGGAUCUAUUCCAUGGUAAGGACUAGGAGUCGCAGGCUGACAUUUCGGAAAAACAUUACCAAAGCUACUAGGAGCUCAGAAAAGUCCCUAGCCUUGCUCAAGACAGUGAUCAUAGUCCUGAGUGCCUUCAUCGCCUGUUGGGCUCCCUUGUUCAUCCUGCUUUUACUGGAUGUGGGGUGUAGAGUGAAGACCUGCCCAAUCCUCUAUAAAGCAGAGUAUUUCUUAGUACUGGCCGUGCUCAAUUCAGCCACGAACCCUAUAAUCUACACCUUGACAAACAAAGAGAUGCGGAGGGCUUUCAUCAAGAUUCUGUGCUGCUGCAAAUGUCCCCCGGCAGAUUCUGGGACCAAAUUCAAGAGGCCGAUCAUUGGAGGGAUGGAGUUCAGCCGGAGUAAAUCUGACAACUCCUCCCACCCACAGAAGGAGGAAGGCGACCAUCCUGAAACCAUCAUGUCUUCAGGCAAUGUUACCUCAUCUUCUUAGGAGUAACCUUGGGGGUGUAUUUCAGAGCCUUCCUCUGAAAUUGGGGAGCUGAGGUGCCUUCUGCUCACAGCAGCAGUGUUGGGCUAAGUGAGCAAGUAGCAUUAGUUCUAAUGAGGCAAACAGUGCACUUGCGAGGCUGGAGUUCAAGAAAUGGGACAGACUGUUCUGGCUUGAAAAUCUUUUUCCCUGGAGCAUGUUUUGUCUUUGCACUGAGGCAGCUCAGGAUUGUCAGGCUCAUUCAUAUCCUGAAAUCUCCUUAGUAACUCUGAAAGACUGAUGCCUUGGUGAAAUGAUGCCUGGUGUGUGUGAGAGAAAGAGACGGGGGGAGGAGGGAGAGGGAGAAUGAAUCUUUUUUUUUUUUUUCCCCCUGUGAGAAGAAUGUGAAGCUAUUUCUUCUUGCAGCAAACCACUGACACAAAGAUCCUUCUGUACUGAGUUUAGUGGUGGCUCUGGUAUAGUUGGUCAGAAGUGUUUGUUUAGCACAUAUCACACAAAUAUAACUUAGACCACGUACAACCAUAAUUUGGUAUCACUUUCUGGAGUUUUUAGUUAAGUCAGGUUUUAUUUGCAGAGUCCAAAGCUGUUGGGGUUUUAUUUACAAAGAUCAUAGCUGUGAAUUUUUGCUGUUGGUCCAUUCUACAUUUGAAGACCACAAGGCAGACUCUGCAGUUACUUUCACCUGUACAAUUCCAUUGACUGCAUCAGAUUUUUUGGAAUAGCUCAGAGCAGCAUUUUGCCCCAUAUGUUGAUUGCCUUGUUAUUCUAUAGUAUUAAAUAACUGUAUUAUCAUGGCAGAUGCAAAGUAGAACUAAAGGUCAUUUAUCUUUAAAAUGACUGAAAGUAAAACUAAUAGUAUAAGAUACUAUUGACAACAACAGGAUUUUUGCUUAAGAAAAGUUAAAAACUGAAGGGGCAUUUCAGUGCCAGGUUCAUAGUCUUUACAAAUGUAAAGAUCAGUUGGAAAAUCUGAAAAGAGUACCUUGAUUUUCAGAAAAAUCUAAGGAAAGUUGAGGUGAAAUUACUAUAGAUAAAUGCACUUCCAUAACAAGAUGCAAUACGUUUUGGCACAUUUAAUUAAUGUUUAUAAUUUCAGCAAAGAUGUCUGUAUUUUAUCAGUUCCUGAAAGAAGUACCUGUCAUUAAAUUGAAUGUAUUUGUUUCACAAUAUCAUUUUUACUUCUCUGUUUUUCUAACUUGUGCUAAUGGGGUUGAAUGUGUCUGAUGUAAAUAAGUUAAUAAGAUGCAGGAGUCUUCAUGUGCCUAGAGUAUUACUAUAACAAAAAAGGUAUAUUUGGGAUAGCUGAGAGCAAUUGACUGAUGUACAGUUACUGGCAAUUCCUAGAAGUGGUAUUUUGUAAAAAAAAAUUGCCUUUGUAGUAAAAUUUCCAGUGCAAUUAAACUGUUGGGAUUUUUUCUGGUUUAAAAAAUAGUAUUUAAAAUGUUUCUGACUUUUAUUGUUCAAUUUGCACAUAGCUUUAUUGACUUCUAAACAUUAAUAAACUGAUUUUUUUAAA